AUGGAGGGAAAGGUAGCUAUCUCAGUUGUUUCUCUUAUCCUCGUCAUAGGUGUUGCCAUCGGCGUUGUUGUCGUUGUUCACAAAUCUGGUGAUCCUCAGAUCCAAGCUCAACAAAAAAAUGUUGAAAUUAUGUGUCAAAGUGCAGAAGAUAAAAAUCUUUGCCAUGACACUCUUAAAUCCGUUAGUGGCUUAGACUCCGCAGAUCCAAAGGCAUACAUAGCAGCCGCCGUGAAAGCCACCACUGACAGUGUCAUCAGGGCUUUCAACAUGAGUGACAGACUCACCACCGAGUACGGUAGCAAAGAUAAUGGCAUCAAGAUGGCCCUUGAUGACUGCAAAGAUUUGUUGGAGUUUGCCAUGGACAGUCUCGAAAUGUCCACCAAUUUGCUACGUGACAGCAACAUUCAAGGUGUGCAUUCCCAAUCUCCUGAUAUCAGGAAUUGGUUGAGUGCAGUUAUCUCUUACCAACAAAGUUGCAUGGAAGGAUUUGACGAUGCAAAAGAUGGUGAGAAAAAGAUCAAGCAACAAUUUCAAAUAGAGUCUUUGGACAGCGUACAAAAGGUCACCGGUGUUGCACUUGAUAUCAUGAGUGCUUUGUCCAACAUCCUUGAACAAUUCAACUUGAAGUUUGAUCUUAAACCUGCUUCUCGUCGUCUUCUUGCUGAGGAUAUCGAUGACGAAGGAUUCCCUUCAUGGUUCUCGGGAUCUGAUCGUAAGCUUUUAGCUGGCAUGCGAGGAAAGGGAUGGAGAUCAAAAGUAACCCCUAAUGCUAUUGUUGCCAAGGAUGGUAGCGGCCAAUUUAAAACCAUUAAGGAUGCUAUUGCCUCUUACCCUAGCGGAAACAAAGGAAGAUAUGUUAUCUACGUUAAGGCCGGUGUCUAUGACGAGUACAUCACCAUCCCCAAGAGUGCUGCUAACAUUCUUAUGUAUGGUGAUGGCCCUCUAAGAACCAUUGUCACCGGUAAAAAGUGUUUUGCUAAUGGUGUCAAGACCAUGCAAACCGCCACCUUCGCCAACACCGCACCUGGAUUCAUCGCAAAGGCAAUGAAAUUCGAGAACACAGCCGGUCCUGACGGUCACCAAGCCGUAGCUUUGAGAAACCAAGGAGAUAUGUCUGCCUUCGUCGGUUGCCACAUCAUUGGUUAUCAAGACACAUUGUACGUUCAAACCAACAGACAAUUCUACCGCAACUGUGUUAUUUCAGGAACAAUCGAUUUCAUCUUCGGAACAUCACCUACCUUGAUUCAAAAAUCCGUGAUCAUCGUCAGGAAGCCUAACAUGAAUCAAUUCAACACAGUUACCGCAGACGGAACAGUCGAGAAGAACAUGAUUACAGGUAUUGUGAUCCAAGAUUGCCAGAUCGUUCCAGAAGCAGAAUUGUUUCCAGUGAGAUUCCAAAUCAAAUCAUACUUGGGAAGACCAUGGAAGGCUCACUCAACGACAGUUGUGAUGGAAUCCACCAUUGGUGACUUCCUUCAUCCAGAUGGUUGGGUCCUAUGGUCAGGUGAAACCUUUGAAAACACAUGUUACUAUGCUGAAUAUGCCAACACUGGACCUGGUGCCGAUGUUAGCAAGAGGAUCAAGUGGAAGGGUUAUCAUGGUGUCAUUAGCAAAGCUGAAGCUACACAAUUCACAGCUGCUCAGUUCCUUAGGGCUGGACCUAAUUCUAGACCUGAAUGGUUGACGUUUAUGAAUGGACUUCGUAUUCCUCACUAUCUUGGCUUCAAAGCUUGA